AUGGCGGAUGUUCUACGGCGGCUGUUGGAUAGUGGAAAGUUAUCUGACGAGAAGUGCCACUUGAUUUUGCGUGGAUUGGAAGAAGAAGAAGAAAAAGUCGAAGGAUGGACUUCUGAGGAAGAGGAAGAAUUUGACGAAGAAUACUGUCGCCAAGUUAAUGACUCUCUGGGAUUCGAUAUUGAUGGCAAUGUUCGUAUCCCAAGAUGUGGAAUCAGACCAUUCUUUCUAGGCGAUCGUAAACCCCGUAGCCAUAUCGCUCUUUAUGGCCGAUUAGGAGUUCAUUGCUUCAACAUUGAGCAGGGAAGGAAGUUGCAGUAUGUGCAUAUACCCAAAUUCAAUAUUGAAUGUUAUUCUUUAAGUAGGCCUUACUAUAUAACCGUGGAGGUGAAUGAUCUUAACGAUGAUUCACCUCACACUUUUCAGACCUUAGUCAAUAGACCUCUCCCUAGGAACGGAGAGAACUUGAGAAUCUGUACUGAAUUUUGCAGAAUCAAACCCCAGACACCUUCGGAAGAGACUAUAUCUUUGCUAGAUGAGCAAGCAAUCGAUAAGUUUUACAGAGGUUCUAUGCCUAAGUUUGUGUCUAAACCAGGACCUGAUGAUGAUAAGCUGAGGUUCUACGAGGUUCAGGAGCAGGACAUAUGUGAAUAUGAUUGGCUACGUCUAUAUACUGAAUUUGCGCUUUUCUCCUUUUACAGCUAUAAUGAGGAUGGAUUUGAGUCUUGUUUGCCUGUGGAGGAGAUCAAGAAGAUACUUGUGGAAACUUGUGAAACUCAUAGUGAUCCGCGUCUGAAGCUGAAGUCGAGUAAUGCUAUCUUCCAUAUAACCUUCAGCGCCAAGAGUCGCAACUACAAAUCGGUUGUAAGGAGAACCAUGGAUGGGAUAUCGGGACAUAUCGUUCUCGAAAUUAAUAGCUGCAGGGUCGAUCAACCAAGCUCUGCCUGAACCGCCUAGUUUAGUACUACAAAAAACAAACAGUCUAUAAGCCGCCUAGUUUUCUAGUUUGAAUCGAUUAGUUAACGGCUCUAGUAUACUCUGAUUCUUUAAUGUGGCCAAAACUUAUUUAUGUCUUUCAGUCAUGGAUGUACUUUGGUUUUCACCCCCAGCUAAUCUUAUGAAGGUGUGUCUGUACAUUCGUAGACACUAUUAUGUAUUUAAUUGUAGUAUGUUGUCCCUCCUUGUGAAGCU